GAUUAAAAAAUUUUUUUUCUCUGACGAGUAAAAUACCCUCAGCUCCCAUUAAUGUCAUCUUGUCCCUCAGGUGGAGCUCUUACACUGGGGGCGGCAUGGGCGUGAGACUGGGGGACCUGGAUGGGCUGGGGGACCGUCGAUCGUACGCUCUGUCACCAGGAGCAGCUGUGCUGGUGAUCGAGGCUGCUCACCCCUCAGAUGCCCAUGCUUACACCUGCACUGCUAACAACACCUUAGGCAUCGACCAGAUGAGUGUAGAGGUGGUGGUGGAGUCUCGUCUGUCUGUGAGCGUCACUCCAAGAUCCCUCACUGCUGACCUGGGAGGCACGGCUACCUUCUCCUGCAGUGUAUCUGAUACCGCUGCCUCCGUGUCCUGGUAUUAUGACGGAACACCAGUGGUGGGCAGCGGGCGUGUGGUGGCAGCCGGACUACAGCUGAUAGUUUCAGGUGUGACCCACGACGACCCGGGCAUGUAUCAGUGCCAGGCACUCAGAGCAUCCCAGGCAGCACAGCAAGCGGCACAGCUUAUGCUCGGAGGUAAGGCACUCAUUAUGGCACAUACUGUGGCCCUCACUGUGACACUCACUCUGUUAUCUUAG